AUGCGCCGACGUUUACCCAACGGAAACCCGAAACGGCAAUGUAACCGAAAGCUCCAAUCGUACAAUACAACACGCCAGGUACGCGACAUGAUGAGCUGCCGCGCGGCUCCUCCCACGGUGAGCUUUCGAGGCCAGCUGCUGCGGCGGCACGAGCCGCUGUCGCCCUGGAGCCUCACCCGAACGGUCACGUCUCUUCACCGAAAGGGCAUGAGUUGGACCGCAGUCUAUUGGUUCCUUUGGGGCCUUACGCAGCCGCUCUACUGCGUCAGGUGCCGGUGA